ACAAAAACCAGGAUGGAAAAGUCACGGUUCGCUCUGGCUCUCAUCCUCCUGGGAGGCUUUCUGAUGACGAGCGAUGCAACCACCGCGACUCCUUCACUCAACUUCACGUCCAGAUGGACUCUGAGGUCUGAGGGAGGUCAGGUGCCGACGACACCUCCCGGCAGAGUCACGCAGAAAGACGUCAAGCAGCACGGCCAAAGCGCUGAGAAGGAGGAUGAUGAAGUUGAUGUGAGGGAGGAGAAGACGGGACUAGGUUGUCCUCCAUUGGGCCUGGAGUCCCUCAAGGUUGAUGACACCCAAAUUCAAGCUUCCUCCUUCCAGAGGUUCGGUCUGGGUCCUCACAGAGGCAGACUGAACAUCCAGUCUGGCAUCGAGGACGGGGAUCUGUACGACGGCGCUUGGUGUGCCGACUACAAAGACCGGCACCAGUGGCUGGAGGUGGACGCCCUGCACCUCACUCGCUUCGCAGGCGUCAUCUUGCAGGGCCGGAACACCAUCUGGAGGCAAGACUGGGUCGAAACCUACAAAGUCCAGCUGAGUAAUGACUCUAUAAGCUGGAAAACCUGCAUGAAUGGGACUCAAGAAGCGAUAUUUGAAGGCAACAAAGAUGCAGAGACUCCGGUGCUGGGGAUCCUUCCUGUCCCCGUUGUUGCACGUUACAUACGCAUCAAUCCACAAAGCUGGUUCCAUGAAGGCGACAUCUGCCUCCGAGCUGAGAUCCUCGGAUGCCGGGUCGACGAGCCAUAUCCCGCAAAGGAUGCUGAACCAAAAGAUGCUCUAGAUUUCAGACACCACAACUACAAAGAGAUGAGAAAGUUGAUGAAGACGGUGUCUGAGGAGUGCUCUGACAUCACGCGUAUCUACACCAUCGGGAAGAGCUACAUGGGCCUCAAACUCUACGUCAUGGAGAUCUCUGAUAAUCCUGGGAAGCAUGAACUUGGUGAGCCUGAGUUCCGCUAUGUGGCUGGGAUGCAUGGAAAUGAGGUCCUGGGCCGCGAGCUGGUGCUCAACCUCAUGCAGUACAUUUGCCGGGAGUACAAGAAAGGCAACCAACGCAUCGUCCGGCUCGUCACUGAGACACGGAUCCACCUUCUUCCCUCCAUGAACCCUGACGGAUACGAAGUGGCUUACAAGAAGGGUUCCGAACUGGCCGGCUGGGGUGAGGGACGAUACACCUUUGAAGGAAUAGACCUGAACCACAACUUCCCAGACCUGAACAACAUCAUGUGGGACGCUCAAGAGGAGGCGGAGGACGCAUCCAAAGUGCCCAACCAUUACAUUCCCAUCCCAGAAUACUACACCAAAGAGGACGCCCUCGUUGCUCCGGAGACGCGUGCUGUCAUCAGCUGGAUGCAGGACAUUCCCUUUGUGUUGAGUGCCAAUCUCCACGGGGGUGAGCUGGUGGUGACGUACCCCUAUGACGGCACCCGGGGCUGGGCGCCCAAGGAGAACACUCCCACCACCGACAACGCCUUCUUCCGCUGGCUGGCCACCGUCUACGCCUCCACCAACCUGGCCAUGGCCAACCCCGAGCGCCGCAUCUGCCACUACGAGGACUUCCAGACCUACAACAACAUCAUCAAUGGUGGCGCCUGGCACACCGUCCCUGGAAGUAUGAACGAUUUCAGUUACAUGCACACCAAUUGCUUCGAGGUGACGGUGGAACUGUCCUGCGACAAGUUCCCUCAUGCCAGCGAGCUUCCCAUCGAGUGGGAGAACAACAAGGAAUCUCUGAUCAUCUACAUGGAGCAGGUUCACAGAGGGAUUAAAGGGGUGGUGAGGGACAAGGAGACCAAAAAAGGAAUAGGAGAUGCUGUGAUCAAGGUGGAGGACCAUGGACACGACAUCAGAUCAGCUGCCGAUGGGGACUACUGGCGCCUCCUGAACCCGGGCGAGUACAAGGUGGUGGUUUGGGCCGAGGGUUACUUCCCAUCCAUGCGUCACUGCCACGUGGGAAUGGAGCCCCGUGCCACCGUCUGCGACUUCAGCCUGACCCAGACACCCAUCCAGAGGCUGAAGGAGAUCCGGGCCAAGGGGGGAAAGAUCCCGCAGGACCUGCAGCUGCGCCUGCGAGCGCUCAGGCUACGCAAACUUCGCGCCAGCACAAAGGCCAUCAACCGCCGCCGGGAGGGCCAGCGGAUGCAGCGGGAGCAGGGGAGGAAGGCUCGGUCCUCUGGCAGAUUAUGAGGCGGACCGGACCGGGAUUAUGUUUGGAGCUAUGAUCUGGUGAAAUUACUAAGAGGAGGCAAUUACAGGGUCACUUCACCUCAUUAAAAAUGAAUACUGCCUUUAUACACAUUCACAACAUUAGGUACACUUGCAGAAUCCCAUCAUAGCCAACACAAGAGCUCAUGUAGCCAAACAACCAAAAUGUUAGGUACAGCGCUCAGUAUGAUACAGUACAAUUGUACAAUAAAAAAAUAAACAUAUUGUUAAAUUAAAACCUCCCAGACAGUGUCACAACUGAGCAUUAUUAAGCACAGGUUUUCAAUACAGCUGUUGAACUGGAACUCAGUAGCUUGUGUUGACAUGAAGUUGUAUGACAUCCCCAUCAGCAGUGUAGUGUAUCAAUGGUGACGUACCACCCCCCACUUGGUCCCACAAGUCCGGUUCUGGUCGGAUUUCCGUGACGAGGAACGUAGUUCCGCUUAGUUGCUGGGACAUUUAAGUAAAGAGUUUGGCUUCUCAAAACAAUAUGCGUUCAAAAGAGUAAUAUGUUUGCAUCAUUAAAAAAAUUAGACCUCACUAAACGCUCGGCGUUAUAUUUGUCUUCCACUGUAUCCCUGCGCACUGUUGCCUGUCCAUUCUUGUGUAUGUGGAACACACACGUAAACAAGAUGGCUGUGGCGCUGCGUUGCGGAAAAAGAUGCGUCCAGAACUGGACUCGCAGGGCCAAGUAGGGGGGUAAGUCACUGUUGAUGUAGUACAGUGUUCCCUCGCUCCAUCGCUGUUCAUUGCUUUCGUGGACUUGCUGUUUGAUUUUUUUUUGUGCUUGUUUUCUUUCCAGCAUAUAAUGUUGUCACAGGCUGAGCCUGACCCUUUAAGAAGAACUGCAGUGUGGGAAGUUGCGUGUUGUAGGCAGCGGCGUCACUAUGCAAUACGUACCCGGAACGCCAUCGGUUCAGCUGGGUUCAACGCAUGUGCAGAACGCGUCUACAUCGGCAGUCACGUUAGGCAUAUGUAAUGUACGCCAUCUGUCGAUCUAUUUUACGCCAGCAAGCAACAUACGCCCCCCGCACUCCCAAAAACGUUAUUAAGAUAGACAGAAAUGUGAGAAAUUACAACAUAAUCAAUAAUUUUUUUUCCUCAUAUUAUAUUCUUGGCGCAUGUGGACAAUUUAUAAGCCCUCUUUUCUUUGUUCCAUAAAUAAUUUUACGUUUUUUUUCCGCCACUGAGAAAAUACACACAAAAGCAUAUGCUCGGAAGAUAUGUUUGAAUGGAUGGUAUUUCUCCGUUUUGGGAAAAAAAACCCUCCAGCUGCAUCCUCUAGAGCAUGGGUCUCAAACUCGCGGCCCGCGGGCCAUUUGCGGCCCACCAAAUUGUAUCUUGCGGCUCGUGACUGGACAUCAAAGAGUAGUGUAACUGCAGCCCACAACAUCCGGGCAAGCUUACAUACUUACAGGGGCAAGUAAACACCAACACUGAACUAACAGUGGCGUUAUCACAUGUACCGGGGGAGGGGUGGCCCUUUAGCGUUCUUGUGAGCCAUGUAUUGUGAAUUGUAUCGUAUCGUGAGGUACCCUGAGAUUCCCAGCCCUACUCCCAACACUUGAUGCGGCCCAGCCUCACCCAGACUCUCCCUCCAGUGGCCCCCAGUGAAAUUGAGUUUGAGACCCCUGCUCUAGAUCAAUCCAUCAUCGCACUCUGCUUGUGGUUGUUUACAUUGAAAUAUCACUGCAUUUCAUUGCAUUUAUUUAUGUAUGUUACAAGUAACCGGAUACGAUGUCUGCGGUACGUGUAUUGCGUUUUUACGUAGCUCAGGCUUGGUGGAUGUCAUAAGACAAUAGAAACAGCCACAUGCUAACAAAGUAUUUUAACAAGAGUCACUUAUAAAAUAACCCCCCAACAUAUUACAUAUAUGACGUAUGGUUAUUGACAAUUUAUGUUCAUACAUUUAAAAAAUAAUAACUACCACAGCACGUGACGUCGCAGAAGCACUGUUGUAAAAAUGUGCUAAAAGGAGGAAGUGACGUAGUCCUCGCGCAAUGCACGGCACCGAUUGCGUUGUGGGUACGUAUGGCGUAGUCUCUAUUCUCGCUCUUCUGUCUGCACCGCACAUUGUCUUCUGCGUCCUGAUUGCCUGUAGACCACUGUCGAUCAAUGCUCCUUCCCGCAGUCUCCUGUUGUGGUCAUGGCUACCAAACUAGCUAACAGGGUGAGCUGCUUGCCUACCACCAAUACUGGAAACCAGGGGUGUCAAACUCGUGCCAUGGAGGGCCGAGACGCUGCAGGUUUUCUUUCCAGCCAGUUACUAAAGCAGGUGAUUUUAAUGAUCAACACCUUCAAUUUGAGCAAAGGAGCUCAUGAAUUAAAUCACCUGCUGGAGAAACUGGUUGGAGAGAAAACCUGCAGCGUCUCGGCCUCCAGGGCACAAGUUUGAAACCCCUGCUGUAAACAAUAGAAGAAACAGAAGAUGCUAACUGUGUGAGGAAAAUAUGACGACAGGAGCAAUGUGUUUUUAACAAGGAUACCAAAAUUUGGCUCCAGCCAAAUGGCGCCAGGACGAAGAGGCACGGUGAAUACACGAGUUACUUAAUCAUUUCUUGUGUCCAGCUGAGUUGGUUGAUCAUUAAACUUCAAAAGAAAUUUGAACUUUGAGUGUUUAAACAAGAGAGAAAUGUGAGAGAAUGUUAAUGCCUGUCUGAGAAAAGUGUGAAAGCGAAUGGUGAGUAAUAAUUGUAGAAAAAAUAUAUAGUUGGCUACUUCGCGGAGUUCACUUAUUGUGGGCUUUUUUGGGUAAAAAAUCCAAACUAUCCCUUGAACUAAAAAUAUAAAGAAAAACUUUUGAUACUGACCCUGGCUCUCACGUGCUUGCAAAAAACUUGACUGCAAAGUUCUUAUUGUGACUUAUUUGUUUUUUGUUUUGUUUAAACAAGCACAUCCCAAACUAAAAUGAAUCCAAACAUUCCUAUUUUGGAAUGCCAAAUAAUUUGAAAACUUUUUGGAAGAUGUUGUGCGUUUCAUUUCAAUGUGUCAGCUGGUCUGAUGUAGAACUCUUAGUUUGACUCAAGUCCAACAGGACCACAACGUCUCUGAUAGUAAUAAUAAAUAAUAAAAAA